ACGCGUAGUCAGGUUUAACGCUCGGAGAUAACUGAAUUAUUUUCGGUCGAAGGAGGGAAGCUGUAGUUUAUUCCGCAUUUCUGUGUGUGUGUGUGUGUGUGUGUGGCAGCCCAGCCCAGCCCAAGCAGCCCGCCUUAUUCCCCUCCCUCCCUCUCUUCCCUACCCUCUACGGUCUCCCUCCGUUCAGCCCGCAGCAGUUGCCGUCCGGCUUCCAGGCUUCUCUAGCAGACAUGGCCGCGAAAGUGUGCAGACUCCUGCUGUCCCGGAGCAGAGUCGCCGGAGCGUCUCCUUUCCCCGUGCUUGGUGUCUCCUCACCUCGACAACACCAGCACACAGGAACGUAUGACACUGUGAUGUGGACUUAUCCUCUGCUGGCGACGCUAUCUGGACCCUUUGUCCACCUGACUGGGAGAAGAGGACUGAGGUCUGAAAGGGCAAAAUUCUUCAUCCAGCCCAGGGCCUUCUUAACUCCCCAGGGCUUGAAGGGAACUCUGACAUGGCAGGUUCAGAGGCUGCUGUGCUCAUCUGCUGCUUCAGAAGAGGUGACGGUGGUGUAUCAGAACAGCCUGCCGGUGAUCUCUGUGAGGCUGCCGUCUCGGAGGGAGCGCUGUCAGUUCACUCUAAAGCCCCUCAGCGACAGCGUGGGCAUCUUCCUCCAGCAGCUGCAAGCUGAGGACCGGGGUAUCGACAGGGUCGCUCUCUAUUCCACAGUAGAUGGCGCAAGGAUAGCAUCCUCUACAGGGAUUGACAUUUUGCUGCUGGAUGACUUCAAGCUGGUCAUUAAUGACACCACGCACCUUGUGCGGCCACCCAAAAGAGAAUUGUUGGCACACGAGGAGGCAGAGCGGCUGAACGAUGUAAAGCUUCUGGUGCAGCAGCUCUACACCACUCUCCGCAUAGAGGAGCAUCAGCUGAACAAAGAGAGAGAGCUGAUUGGCCGACUGGAGGAUCUAAACUCACAGCUCCGCCCACUGGAAAAGGUGAAAGACGAGCUGAGCAGGAAAGCAGAGCGUCGGACCACCUGGGUGCUGUGGGGAGGCAUGGCGUAUAUGGCCACCCAGUUUGGUGUGCUGGCACGGCUAACCUGGUGGGAAUACUCGUGGGAUAUCAUGGAGCCUGUCACCUAUUUCAUCACCUAUGGCACAGCCAUGGCCAUGUAUGCUUACUUUGUGCUCACACGCCAGGAGUACAUCUACCCUGAUGCCAGAGACAGGCAGUAUCUGCUGUUCUUUCAUAAGGGAGUAAAGAGGACACGCUUUGACGUCGAAAAGUACAACAAACUGAAGGACGCAAUUGCUGAGGCCGAGUUGGACCUGAAGCGCCUGCGAGAUCCUCUCCAGCUGCACCUCCCCAUUCAGCAGAUUAGCACCAGCAAGGAUUGAUGUGAGGAAGUGAAAGCCUCCCUUCCUCCUUCACUCUUUCCUUCUCCCUUCUCUUUCCUUCCCUCCUUACUCUUUCCCCUUUUCCCUUUAUCUCAUUAAGCCCACCGUUCUUUCAUUUUCUAUUUUUUUUCCUUUUUUGUUUGUUUGUUUGUUUCCCCUGCCACCACUUUCAAUUUGUUUUCUUUCUAAAAUGAAAUGGCAUUUAUUUUAAUUACCACUGUUUUUAUGUUCUAUAAUUUGAUUUUGAAAACUGCGUCAACAUGGCGAGUCAAUGUAGGAGGAGGGGAUGGAAUGAAAUCCACCGAAAGAAAGAAUGACACCUGAAGCCCCUUUGCUGGAGGGCAAAACAUUUGCUGGUUAAGCCUGCAGACCUGUGCGCUCUGGUAACGCUACAGGAUCACCAAGAGAACAGCAGCAGCCUACAGGAAGUGACCUCUGGGUACAGAAACGAUAUCUCCCAGACAUGCUGAAAACAACACAUGCAGACACAUGCUCUGUGGUUCAGCACCUUUGAAACGUACUUUUCCAAUAAAAACCUCUAAAGACCUAUUUUUUACAGUGGAGUUCUAUAUCUGGCACAGGAAAGAUCUUGGGCCGUUGGCCUUUUUUUUUUUUUUUUGAACAGCCCUUGUUGAGGGGACAAUCAAAUGCAGGAGAGCUAUUUUUGACCCAACAUCCCUGCGUGGAGCAGAGUUGUCCUCUGUCUCCCCUCUGUCCCCUCCUGUCCUUUAGUGGCUGGGACUCUGGACUGCUGCCACAUCUCCCUGUGUCUCCAGUUGCAUUCUUAGCAUGACUGACACGCUCUGCUGUGCAAACGACAGAGCCAUAACAGGAGUUCAACCACACUGCUGCUAAGCGUGUACAAGGGAAAAGGGGUCACGUGAUGAGCAUCAUUUCCUGUACAGACCUGUUGCAAGCUGCAGACCAGAGAUCUACCGGCUAAACAUCACUGUGUGUUCAAUUAUUUAAAAAAAAAAAGAAAGAAAAAAAAGAAAAACAACAAAAAAACAAAACAUUUUUGGCACUUUUAUUUUGAAAGCCAUAUUAUAUUAUAUUAUAUUAUAUUAUAUUAUAUUGUAUUAUUAUAUUUGUUAUGAUGGGUGAGGAAAUGAAAUAACCUGUUUCUUUAAUAUUGGUGGAGGAUUUUUUUUUAUUAUUAUUAUGUUGUCAGCAUCGCACUUCAGUACACCAACCGGAUCAGGCCAUUUUCCUCAUACAUGCAGCUCUGGAUAUCAAAUUACAAAAUUAGCACGCUUCCUGUGCACAUAAUGGUUCAAUAGAAAUGCGGCCUAUGAACGGUGACAGUGAAUGAUUCCACAUAUGCAGCUUUUCCUUUGAAACCUGUGGAGAUUAACAGAGGAUUACAGAAGUGACAGAUUCAGAAGGUUUCCUCUUCUUUUCUGUGCCAGAAAACUGUUACCCACAGUGCCUCACAGCUCCCCGUGCAGCAUGCUGAUCAGGGCGCUCCUAUUCCCCUGUGCAGCCAUGUUCUGGUCUCUCAGCCUCAGCCCCUCUACGAGACCAGACACAUCCUUCAAGAUAUUUUCCUGGGCUGUUUACUGUAUCAUACGAUUGUGUGUCAAAAAAUAAAAAAAGUGACAAAAUCUAGCUGUACAGCUGCACAGCUCUUCUGUAUGCCAAGAAUAUACUGAAGUGUGAAGAUACCAUGUAAUAUAUUAGAUCCUAGAUUAAGUUUCUCGCACUAUUUUACGGCAUGCUGUAGCGCGUGACUUUUGCAUCCUUUCAUCUAGAUCAUGGUGUCUUUUGGGGACAGGCUUUAGAGCAGACCCAUUCUGAAAUAGUAAAAUCAGAAUGAAAUGGUAAAAUCUGUGGAUGGAAUAUGAGGCCGCUUGAAUACGCACAUUUUUUUUUUUUCUUUUUCUUUUUUUUUUUAAAAUAGUUUACAACGAGACAUUAAGGCAUUUCUUCUGGACAUGGUGCUCUGUUCAAGUUGAGUAGGAACAGAUUUUAGAUAUCUAACAGCCUUGCCAUCUCUCUCUCGGAGUAAUAUUUCAAAGCUUAACUCUGCAUGUUGGCCUUGCGUGCUACAAUUUUGAAGUGUUUUUUUUUUCUCUCUUAAAUAUUAUCUUCUCACGCAGUUUACCAUCAGACCAGGGCUCCUGGCAGACACAGCACUAACGUCCAGUGGCAUUGCAAAAUGAGCUACGAGACCGUCAUGUUUCAGAGACCUGGUGCAGAGCAGCACUUUUUCAUGUAAUACAUGGCUUACUUAUUUAAUCAGAAAAAUGUCAUACACCGUGCAUGACUGCAAGCCUAGAAAUAUUUCACCUUGAUCCAAAGGAAUGUGUCUCGCAAAAUUUGACAUUUAUUGGAAAGUAAAGCACAAUCAUAUCAAUCAUAGAAAGGCCAGAUCUGAAUAAGUAAGCUGAAAUCGAGUUGUGGAGACGGCUAGCCUGGAUAUUUGAAUUUGUAUCGGUGUAUAAGAUACUGCAGUGGACUUGUGUAUGAUGAUCAAGCUGUCACAGGAGACUCAAUAACUGCUUCUGUAUUUCAUGAGGAACAGGAUUUGCUGCUCUCAGCUGUCAUUAGGCAAAGUUUAGAAAUGCUGUCAGUAAGAACGUAUCGUCAAUGUACAGCUUCAUCGAUACGGACAGGAUGAAUGUCAGCGUGUUUUUUUUUUUUUUUUUUUGUACAACUCCAUGAAAGCUUCUGAGUAAUUCCCAUCCAUACUGGUCUUAAUCAAUAUGAGCAAAUCAAUCCCCUCCUGUGGCCCCUUGGCUUCUUGUCCUGAAACUGUCAAUAAUCAUAAAUCCUUGUAUGCUGUUGCACGUGCAGAGGAAAUCGGGGACAGGGACGGUGUCUUAAAAACACUUCCUGAAAUGACCUGCAAAGCUGAUACCAAAAUCAUUCACUGUUCAAUGCCUCAGUCGUUAUUAUCAUUGAGCAUUUUGACUUUUUUUUGUUUGUUCACGUACUCUACAAGGGUUUGCCUUUUAUUUGCUUUGCCUUUUAUUUUUUACAAGAGUAUAUGUAAUAUAUGGAACUUAUUCUAAAGCGGGUGUUGCAUGAAUGUAAUGUUUACAUGGGGAAAUUAUAUACAAAUGACAGAGAGGAAAAAAAAAGCUGCAAAGAUUACAGAUUUUACAGGUUUCGUUGAGGAUUUUGUGCCGUUUUAAUUCCUUCCAUGUACUCUGAGACUGCCCUGAAAGAUAGAUAGGCAGCGAAUGUCCAGCCAUGCAACUCGUUUUCAUUUUUUAAUCACUCUAUCUAUCUCUCUCUCUCUCAAUGUCUCUCUCUCUCCCCAUUUAUAUCUUUUAAAUACCUCUUCAUAAGCCGACAAUUUUUCCAUAGCACACGAAUUAAGUUGUAGAGGAGUGUGUAAUUUUACAUUUUUACUACAUGCACUUAAAAUAAAGAUAAAAUUGAAAUAUGUCAGUAUGAGUUAAGCAGGAUCUCAUUGUUUUCACAUUAAUGCAUUUCAUUCAUUACAUGUUUUUUAUCAGUGGCAUCAGAUGCUGUGAUAUUGGAAGACUAUAAAAAUGUAAACUCCUGUAUCAUUUAUGAAAUGUGUAUAAAAGAGAAAUGUAAUUCACUUAUCAAUAAAUACUUAUCCAGUUUUGGAA